AUGGACUCCGACGACUUUGAGGAUGACAUCGCCGACGAGGACCUCAUGACUGCGCUCACUCAAGCUUCUCAAAAUAAGCCUUCAGUCGCCUUAGGCUCAAGCAGCAUUAAUAAUGCGCCGAAUGUCCCGUUGAGAUCGCGGGCCAGCCCUGCCGAUGCGGUCAUCGAUCUGGACGCCCUAGACGACUUUCCCUCUGAUGCAUUCGAGAGCUCGCCCGUGCAGUCUAGGACGACUGCAUCAAACAAAACUCCAUCCCGCCCAGCAAAGCCGACACAGGCCCAGAAAACCAACACGUCGCAGACUUACCGUCAGACUAACCUCUGGGGAGACGCAGUCAGAGACUCUGAGGUGCCCCAGUCACAGGUUCAGUCUAAGAGAGUCUAUCGGGCUGACAUGCCCCCGGAAAAGCCAACUCAUCACGUUCUGAACCAUGAUGCUCUCGAGACCUGGAUCUAUCCCACCAACUUGGGCCCAACCCGGGAUUACCAGUUCAGCAUCGUCAAGAAUGGGCUGUUCAACAAUACCCUUGUGGCUCUCCCAACCGGACUGGGGAAGACAUUCAUCGCGGCUACAAUCAUGCUCAACUACUUCCGCUGGACAAAGACUGCCAAGAUCAUUUUUGUGGCACCAACCAAACCCCUGGCUGCGCAACAGGUGGAAGCUUGUAUGAAUGUGGCAGGAAUUCCACGAUCCGAAGCAACGCUGUUGACCGGCGAAAUCUCACCAGCUCUACGUGAGGGCGAGUGGGACAAAAGGAGACUAUUUUUCAUGACACCACAAACCCUGCAGAACGAUCUGUCCAAGGGAUACGCUGAUCCGAAAGCGGUUGUGCUACUAGUUAUUGACGAAGCACAUCGCGCAACGGGAGACUACGCCUACGUGAAAGUCGUUGAAUUCAUUCGAAGGUUCAAUCCGAGUUUUAGAAUCCUGGCCUUGACUGCCACCCCAGGUUCCACAGUGGAAGGCGUACAGGCGGUCAUCGACAGCCUGGGAAUUUCGACCGUUGAGAUCCGGAUGGAGGAGUCGAUCGAUAUCCGCCAAUAUGUUCAUUCUCGCGAAGUAGACCAGGUUAUUCUGGAGCCAUCGGAUGAAAUGCUACGAGUACAAGACCUGUUCUCCAAAGCAUUGAAACCCCUGUGCAACAAGCUUGCCCAAGCCAACAAGUGGGUAGCGCGAGAUCCGAUGUCGAUGACGGUGAUGGGACUGCGAGAGUCAGCCAGACAGUGGGGUCUGGGAGCAGGCAGGCACGCAAAUCCAGGCACUAAAUUCAUGAUCAUGAACAUAUUCACCAUUUUGCAGAGUCUGGCGCAUGCGAUAAAGCUACUCAACUUUCAUGGAAUUGCACCAUUCUACCACAAAAUGCUAGACUUCAGGUCUGAGACUGAAGAGAAAGGGGCAAAAGGCUCCAAGUACAAAAAGCAGGUUCUUGAAGACGCAAACUUCCAAGAGAUGAUGGAUGCAAUCGACAAAUGGCAGAGGCUUGACGGAUUUGUUGGCCACCCGAAAUUGUCAUACUUGUGCGAAAAUUUGUUGAAUCAUUUCAUGGACGCUGGGCAAGAUUCAAACACCAGGGCCAUAGUAUUCAGUGAAUACAGGGACAGCGCCGAGGAAAUCGUUCGCAGCCUAAACAAACACCAGCCUAUGAUCAAAGCAUCCAUUUUUGUUGGUCAGGCAGAUUCGAAGCGAAGUGAAGGGAUGAAGCAAAAACAACAAAUAGAGACGAUUGAAAAGUUCAGAAACGGGCAUUUCAACGUCCUCGUUGCAACCUCAAUUGGAGAGGAAGGCUUGGAUAUUGGUCAGGUCGACUUGAUUGUUUGCUACGAUGCUUCAGCGUCGCCAAUCCGGAUGCUACAGCGCAUGGGGCGAACUGGCAGAAAACGUGCUGGCAACAUCACAUUACUCCUGAUGAAGGGCAGGGAGGAAGAACAAUUCAGGAGGGCGAAAGACAAUUACGAGAAGAUGCAAAGAUUCAUAUGCGAGGGCACUCGGUUCAAUUUCCGAAACGACCUAUCCUCGAGGAUUAUCCCAAGAGACAUCAAACCUGAAGUGGACAUGCGCUUGGUUGACAUACCGAUCGAGAACACUCAGAGCAAGUCGCUGCCGGAGCCAAAGAAAGCCUCUGCGCCAAGGAAAAAGGCCACACAGAAGAAAUUCCACAUGCCAGACGGAGUCAUCACAGGUUUUGUGACGGCUUCUAAUUUUGGACGUAGCGCAACUGGCACAAAGCCUCGGUCAAAGCAGCCACGCGAAGUUGACACACUGGCGGAGGUGCCUCGUCUUGAUGCAGUACUUCUAGACUCCCUUCAAAUGGACGAGCUGAACGACACUUACCGCAAUCUUCCAUCCAAGCACGCAUCACAGGAGGAUAUCGUGGGGCCCGAUUUGACCGGACACCCCAAGGCUCAGCGCAAACUCGGCCCGAAUAUCAGGCUCCAGCAUGGAAGACACACAAAGCGCUGUGUGAAGCUUUUCAGAAGGCUGGCCAAUUCACAGUCGCCUGUGGACGUGUAUCACCAGCCUUAUGGUGAAAAUGAUCAAUCACGAUACAUAGAGCUUUCAGUGCCCGAUUUCGCAGCAGAUACCGAUAGUGAAGCAGAUGACGUUAAACAAACUGGAGCGUCAUCACACAAGAGGACAUUGUCUCCUUCGAAAAAGCCAUCGCUUCCAAAACGAAGAAAAUGUGGUCCCACGGAUGGUGCAUCACAUCAGCAACACAAAGGCACAGCUCUUGUUGAUCACGACGCGGAGGAUGACACUGACAGUGACCCCUUCGCCGACGAAGAUGUUGAGAGGAACGCAGUUCUAGCGGUGUCUGAGAAAUCGAGAACGAGAUUCAAGUCAAAGGGUCGAGCGGGCAAACCGCAGACAAACACUGAUUUCGUUGAAGAUUACGGAGAUGACUGCACCCGGACAAGCCAGUUGUAUGAAAGAGACGACUCGGACGACGGUGCUGACCUGUUAGACUUCGUGGUCGACGACGAUGAUCCCAUUUCGAGUGUGAGAGGCGGGUCGACAUCACCGACAGCUACCUCACCAACCCUUCUCUCGCAGGUGUCGGAGCCGCAGGGGAAGAAGAGGACCUCGUAUGAGUUUCUGCCACCAACACAAAGCCAGGCUAGCGAUGAGGAUAUGCCGAGCAUGAGCCAGAUGGGCGGACCUAAGACGAGUAAGCCGAAGAGCAGACGCCCGCUACUGUCGGAAUCUGAUGAGGAAGACGGUGAUGUUCGGACAAGACCUGCUGCGAACAAGAGAAGGAGGCCUACAAUCCAAGACAGUGAGUCAGAGAGUGAUUAG